AUGGCAAUGCUGGUACUAUAAGAGAUUAUAUCAUGGGGAUGUGCGCCUUGAACUCCAAACUCAAACCAAUGAACUUGGAUCUCAAGGAAGAGUUUAUGGUGCACCUGGUGUUUGCCUCUCUGCCAAAAGAGUUUGCAACGUUCGUUGUAAACUAUAACUCACAGCCAGAGAAGUGGAAUAUGAAAAAGGCAAUUGGCAUGUGUGCGCAAGAGGAAGAUAGACUCAAGAAACAGAAUGGUGGGUCUAUCAAUUUUGUGCAUAAUAACAAGAAAAGGCCCUUCCAUGUUGCUUCUUCCCCUAGGUCCAAAGACAAAGCCCCUAUGCCACAGAAGUAUCAGCAACAGCGCCCUCCAGCUCAAGAUGAGUGCUUCCACUGCCAUGACAAGGGGCAUCGUAAAGCAGAUUGUCCCGGCUACUUAAUGAUGAUAAUGGCAAAGAAUGGGAUUCCGUUCGACAAGGACUACGCUAAGAAGUGAAAGACACAUUAAAGUCGC